AUGGGACUCAUCAAUUGCAUUCCUAGAGGAAUUCCUUCCAAGAAAAAUGACAACACGCAUUCCCACGAAAACCUGUACAUGAGUGUUCAGAGCAGCAUUCCUCGUCAGAGCCGGACAAAUAAGUCAAGAUUUCUUCCUCAAACUUGGCGGACGUGGCGGGAGCUGGUCCCCAGAGAGGAGGAGGCUGGGGGCCCCGAGGAGGAGACCGUGGAGGACCUGCUGGGCCUGGUCUGCAGCCCCCAGUCGCCCUGGGCUCUGCUGGAAGGCUCCAGUGCUGAGGACCUGUUCCUGAGGCAGCUGGCCAUCCGGAACCCCCACAUGCUCCAAGAGGACUUCCUGUACUCCUACUUCAGGUCCCUCCAGGUGGUGGACAAAGAGGUGAGCCUGGUGGAUAAAGACCUCCUGAAAUUCCCAAAGCUUGAAGAGUUGGUACUGAGUGCCAAUCAAAUCAAGGAGAUCGAUGCCUUCAAUCUGCCACCAACUCUCAAGGUAAAAGAGCUCUACGGAAACAUCAUCACCAUUCUGAGGUGUCUGUGUGCUCGCCCUCCAACAGUCCUACAGGACUUGGGGCUGGGCCACUACAAGCUUCUGGGGCCCCUGCAAAGCAUGUACAUCACCUCCCAACACUGGCCCAACCUGGUGUCUCUGGACCUGAGCUUCAACGACCUGACAGACCUGCAGGGCAUGAUGGCCAGCCUCAGCACCCUGCAGCGCCUGCGGCUGCUGGUCCUGCAGGGCAACCCGCUGGCCCUGGUGCCCUACUACCGCGGCUUCACCAUCGACAGCCUGGCCCGGCUCUGCGUGCUGGACGACAUCACCGUGUCCUCCAGCGAGAAGCACCAGUUCCAGGGGCUCCGCUACAAAGCGGACUCCGCCGAGUCCGCGCCCUCGUCCGCGUCGCAGUCGGUGGAGCUGGAGUCGGGGGUGUCGGGCGGGUCGCUGUCGCUGCCGGGGUCCUUGGGCUCCGCGGAGGAGCUGGCGCAGCUGCGGCCGAGGAUGGACCUGCGGCUCUGCCCGUCGCCGGGGACAGUCCUCUUCAGCACCGUCCGCAAGCCCUGGGCUGACGUCAUCCCCUGCAACUAUGAGAUGCAGCAUACGCUCCGGGACCUGGUGCCGCUCAAGGCCUUCCUGCUGGCAGGGACGACCGUGACCAUCGUGGAGGAGAAGAUUCUCUCCUGGCCCGUGGUGCCACCUCCUGUCGACAGUUCCUUGCCUGCCAAGGGAAAAGGGGAGAAGGAGAAAGAGAAGAAAGAGAAAGAGGAGAAAGAGAAAGAGGAGAAAGACAAGAAAGGGAAAGAUGGGAAAGACAAGGCUGCCAAAGGGGAGAAAGAGAAGGAACAGAAGGGGGCCAAGAAGAAGAGAGGGGUCUCCAAGGAGCUUCGCCAGGAUCCCCCCAUCCUGCGGGUGCUGGGCAGCGGCCUGGUGGUCCUGGAGCCCCUGCUGGCGGGGGAUCCACUCGUGUCCACCCUGUGCACGUUUGGGGUGAUCCGCACCUUGGAAUCCGACAGGCUGACAUUUCUCAGGUGCUGGGAAGCAAGGCCAGUGGGGCCAGGUCGUGGGAGGGUAGGGGUGGCAGGCUGGGGGAGGAGGCCCCAAGCCCCCUCAAGAAGCCCCAGCGUUGGCAAGGCCUUGGAAGGCAUAGGACGGCCAGUGGGGUCGUGGGGCAAGGGGGCAGGUGGCCCCCUCCUCCCUAGGAGACCCUGCCCUGCCUCCGUGCCAGGAGAGGCCUGGCAGGGGGGAGCCGCCCACAAGACGCACUGGAAUCUGCACCCCCCACUCUGUGAGCGUCUUAUUUGGUGGUUCUUCUCUCAGGAUUCUAAGACUAAGAAAGCUAAAAAAGCUUUGGAGCCAGGGAAGGCCAAGAACAAGAUGCCAGCCUUGCCAGGCUACGAGAGCGACUACCACCCCGAGCCCCUGACGGUGGAGGUGCAGAUCCAGGUGAACCAGUGCCGCUCGGCCGAGGAGGCGCUGCGGACCCUGGUCGUGUAGCCGCAUUAAAGGU